CGACUAUCAUUAUUGUAUCUGGUCAUCCUGUGUUGAGAAUAAAUAACAAAUCAUAACAAUGUUGCCAUCCACCACCACGUUUGCCUUUGUUUUGCUCGUUUGUGCUGCAGUGCUGCAGGCCGAGGCGUUCACAACCACAACGCGGAAGGYCGGUUGUUCCUCUGCUCUUCAAGCCGACCGCCGUGACUUUUUGAACGCCGCCUUCUCAACAAUAGCGGUGACCUCCUUCCCACUCAUUGCGGGGGCGGAAGAUCUUGCGGAUGACCUGGCAAUGCCCUCCGAAGAAGAGCAGCGAAAAGCAGAAGUAAGUAGAACGAAAAASAARCCCAAUWCCAGGAAAUAUUUCACCGGGAAGCCRCGUCGGAUGUMUUUUUGCCGUUGUGUMUGCUSCGGUCGUUUGAUCCUUCUYUCCAUCUGUCCAUCGAUCGAUUAUUUAUUCCCGUGACUCGACAUCGCAAAGGAGAGCGGGGCUUUAAUCACUUCGUCUUCUUUGCUCUUGCCUCUGCGCAAGAAGGGAUAUAGUACUGGGGCCGCCUGAGAAGGCGGAAUGCCCACAUCAGGUUUGCUGAGUUCCGUUUUGUUUUUCCACAACGACAUCUCUAUCCCAAUCUGGUGACAUUCUUCUUUGUUUGAUAUUUGUUCGAAACCUGCUCACACCUUGCUUAAUUUCCCUCUGAUUUGACCGACUAAAACCAUAGGCGGACGCCGCAGCCGAACGAUUGAGAAGAAAGGCCGAAUUGCAGAAGAAAAACUCCAACCCAACGGACUUCAGGGAUCGUUUGGCCAAGGAAAGGGAGAAGCAAAAGAAUCUUCAAAUGUCAAAGGAAGAACGACGCAAUGCUCUAUGUGAAGAAUUGGGCCGGGGAUGCUAACGAGUGAAACUAACCAAUGAACCAGACAAUUAAAUGCCUUUCAUGAACGGUUGUCACUGCUUAACGAUAGUUUUUCGAUAUCAAAUACUGUAAAUAUCUAUCCCUCUUUAUUCAUUAGUUUCCAUCUGCCGAUACAACAAUUGUUGUGUGACACAGAGUGAUCUGACGAGUUAAAAAAAUAGAGUUGUCUCCUUAUA